UUGGGAAUAUUGAGGCCAAGAUUCGGUGAAGAAGCUUGCGUCAAUGCUCCGAAAUAUCCUUGUUCAUAUCAUUAUAUAUGAGCAUGAUGCUGCACCUUAAUCCAGAAGAGGGGAAAUGUUGGUCCAUCUUGGAGAUAGAUUGAAGCAAUUUGACCAGACUGUGACCAAGUGCGAACGGUUCGUGGACAUGCUGAGUGGGAGGAGUCUAGCCGCGGCAAUCAUAUUGAGAGGAUUCGACAUGAAGAUGAUCAAUGUGCUCCACGAAGAAAUAAAAAUGAGGGAACAGGAUUUAGAGAGAGGCAUUACUCGUCUCAAAAUUCGUUGGAACACCUAUCUUCAGCCUAGGCAAAAUCUACUCAGCGAUAGGGAACAAACUGAAAGCCAGCUUGAACAAAGGUCAGGAACAACGAGCUGGAACUCACUUUCGCCUCGUACUCGACCCGCAUUCGCCACCCAGUCCUCACCAUCGAGGAACACUACAAUCCAGCCGUCUCCGCCGCCGUCCCCAGCGCCCAUCACCAUAUCAUCGACGACACCGACGAAUACGACUAUUACCCCAACAGCUACUCUUUCCCAUGCCCUGGUCGACGAUUCUUCGUUUAACAACGCUGGAAACGACAUGCAUAACACAACAAUAAACGAUCACUCACGGUGGACAGGGACCACAAAUAUCUAUGGGAUGACAGUGGUACAUAACCACUUUCGGAAUGAGUAGAACGAGGAUUGCAGGAGGUUGAUGAUCUUAAACCACCACAACCAAUCAGGCACUUAUAUUAGUGAUCCCCCAUUGCAUUCGAUAAGGCGACAAAGAACUCAUAUUGAGUUCUUCCUCCCCACACAGGAGGACACUUCCAAAGGGAGUGAACAUCAAAUCAACUGAUGUUAACUGCUUUAAACAAGCAGACAUGAGUGAACACUCAUGCUUAACUGGCCAGUGAUCAAUACGGAGUUUAUAAACAUAA